GAUCCGCGUGGAGUUGGGGGACCCUCAGGGCGGGGCGGCAACCGAGGGAAACUGAGAUGAACUCCAGACAUCAUCUGUGCCUAAGGUCGGCUUCACGCCUUGCUUUGGCUAGGAGCUCGGUGGGAUGGGACAGCAUCUACAGCCUUGUUCCUCACCCACCCUCCAGGAAAGCGGAGGCACUCCUCCGGUCUCCCUGAAGGAUGGGUAAAGGGGAACCCUGGAAGCAGCUGCUCUAGUCGACUGGAGCUCAAAACUGGGAAGGAAAAAUUGGGCGAAGGGUGAUAAGCCACCUCUAUCGCCUACCUUCCUCGCUUUCUCCGCCCCCCGCCCCCCUCCCUUUCGUAGCUGCUGACGCGCUGGUGGUGUCUAUUAAUCAUUCGCCAGCCCACAGCCACGGCAGUUAAUGGCUGUGCCGCGCGGAGCUCCAGUCUCCCGGCCUCCCCUCUCCACGCUCGCGUGUGCCCAGGCGCCCAGGAGCGGCGAGCGGCUGCGCACCGGCAACUGCCGGGCGAUGCGCUCCGCCGGCAGCGGUGGAGCUGCGCUUCCUGCGGUCGCUGAGCGCUUCCCCCAGGCGCCGGGUGACUGGGAGCUGCGGGCGGACCGCCGGGGUGCCGAGUGAGGGCGCCAGCGGCGGGGGUCGCCCGGAGAACGCCCUAGCCCCGGCAACCCCACCGGCCCCCAUCAGCUGAGAUGUUCCCCAAUGGCACCGCCUCCUCUCCCUCCUCUCCUAGCCCCAGCCCAGGCAGCUGCGGCGAAGGCGGCGGCGGCAGGGGCCCCGGGGCCGGCGCUGCAGACGGGAUGGAAGAAUCGGGGCGAAACGCGUCCCAGAACGGGACCUUGAGCGAGGGCCAGGGCAGCGCUAUCCUCAUCUCUUUCAUCUACUCCGUGGUGUGCCUGGUGGGGCUCUGCGGGAACUCCAUGGUCAUCUACGUGAUCCUGCGCUACGCCAAGAUGAAGACGGCCACCAACAUCUACAUCCUCAACCUGGCCAUCGCCGAUGAGCUGCUCAUGCUCAGCGUGCCCUUCCUGGUCACCUCCACAUUGCUUCGCCACUGGCCCUUCGGCGCGCUACUCUGCCGCCUCGUGCUCAGCGUGGACGCAGUCAACAUGUUCACCAGCAUCUACUGUCUGACCGUGCUUAGCGUGGACCGCUACGUGGCCGUGGUGCACCCCAUCAAGGCCGCACGCUACCGCCGGCCCACCGUGGCCAAGGUGGUGAAUCUGGGCGUGUGGGUGCUGUCGCUGCUCGUCAUUCUGCCCAUCGUCGUCUUCUCGCGCACGGCGGCCAACAGCGACGGCACGGUGGCCUGCAACAUGCUCAUGCCCGAGCCCGCCCAGCGCUGGCUGGUGGGCUUCGUGUUGUACACUUUCCUCAUGGGCUUCCUGCUGCCCGUCGGGGCCAUCUGCUUGUGCUACGUGCUCAUCAUCGCCAAAAUGCGCAUGGUGGCCCUCAAGGCCGGCUGGCAGCAGCGCAAGCGCUCGGAGCGCAAGAUCACCCUGAUGGUGAUGAUGGUGGUGAUGGUGUUUGUCAUCUGCUGGAUGCCCUUCUAUGUGGUGCAGCUGGUCAACGUGUUCGCGGAGCAGGACGACGCCACGGUGAGCCAGCUGUCGGUCAUCCUCGGCUACGCCAACAGCUGCGCCAACCCCAUCCUCUACGGCUUCCUUUCAGACAACUUCAAGCGCUCUUUCCAGCGCAUCCUUUGCCUCAGCUGGAUGGACAACGCCGCCGAGGAGCCGGUCGACUACUACGCCACGGCCCUCAAGAGCCGCGCUUACAGCGUGGAGGACUUCCAGCCCGAGAACCUGGAGUCAGGCGGCGUCUUCCGCAAUGGCACCUGCACGUCCAGGAUCACGACCCUCUGAGCCCCGGGUCCGAACCGGGGAGCCUUGAGCCCAGAGAAGGGGAGAAUGAGGAGAAAGGGAGGCCGGAUGCGAGAGGCGAAAGGACCCCAGGCGUCGGGGUGCGAGAAUAAAAGUGGGGCCAGGACACUGCGCUUCGGGUGGAAACCCAGGAAAGGCGCGAGACAGACGUGGACCCGGAGCUUUGCUUAUAAGCUGGAAGACUAGCGGGCCCCUCUUCCGCUUCUUCCUCCCCUGCGCUUGCGUUUUUCAUCCCUCUGUGCUCCCCCCACCCAAGGCAAUUUCGAUCUUUCUUUCCGCCCGGUCCUGCAGGUGCAGGUGGUGAACUUAUAAACGUCUCCAACUCGGCCCGACCCUCAGCCCGCCAGCCGUUGUUUCUGUUUAAGCUGAGCCACGGUUACCGCCACAGGUUUCCCUCGGGAAAACACAGCUCGCCCUCAGCGGCGCCCUGCGGCUGCCCUCGCUCGCCGGGAUUCUGCUUGAUGCCCCUAGCGGAGCCUGGAGAACCCUCGCUCUCCCUCUCCGCAGCCCUCUUUUCAGGGAACUCGGACUGGAAAAGGAUCUAGGCAGCGGGUCUUUCCUCUCACUCUCGAGUGAAGGAAGGUGCGCGCAUCCCAUCCCCAAACCUCCCCCCACCCCGACUCCCCAUCCACCCAGAGCGGAGCCAGGUGCUUAGUAAAAUCGGUCCCGCGCUUCGAGCCCCAGGCAUUCUGCGAUCCUAUCCAAACCCCCUCUUUGGAGCAAAAAGGAGCUGAGAACAAGUGACUAGGGGUUUUAAAAAAGAUUCCGGGGUUUGACGGGGGAGGAAGGCUUGUAAUGGAAGUCACCCUCACGCCUGGUUCACAAAGGGCGCUUUUGGUUUCAAAGACCAAGCGCAGGGGGACUUCCGGGGCGCUCGUCUGCCUUAGGCCAGGCGGGACAGGGUGCGCUUGCCCCGGGGGACGCCCGGCAGCGCGGGUGCAGCUCCACUAGGCUUUCUCCCUCACCCUAGCUCCUGGAGGUGCCCAUCCAAGAGUCACAACAGGCACCAGGUGGGGACCUCGGGUGAUGCCUUCCCAGUCUCGGCCAAUCCCGAUCAUGUCACCGCCACCUGCAGGCUAGAGGGUGCGGUCUGCCCGACCCCUGAGGGCUGCUGCCUUUCAAGCGGUGCCUAAUAAGUUAUUCUCUUGCUUAACAUAUUUAUUUAUUUAUUUGUGGUGUUUGAAAAAUGUGGUCUCUGCUUUCCUCUUCUCUACUUGCCCUAGCCCAGGGCCUUUUCUUCAGGAUAUUGGUGGGGCCCGCCCAGAGGCGGCAGGGGACCCCCAAGGUCCCCUCAAAACCUCUCCUUUUUGCUAGGCCCUCUACUUUGAUUCUUUCCUCUAGCCUUUCUGUUUUGGCUUGUCGUCAGUGAAGUUUGCAGAGUUGUCCCUACUUUUCUUAUGUAGUCUCUUGUUUUAAAUAAUGUGGUUUAGCCUCCUCCCAUGCAGAGUGGAAAGUCCCAGCUGUCAACAUCGCCCUAUAUAUGAUUUGAAUAUAUAUGUAUGUAUUCAGUAUAAUAUAUAUACACUAUAUUCAAAUCAAAAUAGACUCACAUACUAGAUACAUUUAUCUUGCUCCCUUGUCACGAGUCCGUGAACCAAUUGCCAAACACAGUCACUAACUGUGACAGGUGUGAGACUGGCUAGAAUGCUUUUAGAUAUGAGGGUUCAAACAGCCUGCCCUCAAACUUGGAACUCCACAGCCUGAUUUAGACAGACUUUAGUAGGCACUGAGGAUGUCCUUGCUUAUGUACCUGCUGCUUCUAGGUUCUCAGCACAGGUGAUUCUCACAUACAAUCUAGGUAACACCGGCACUUCUUUUGAAGACAUUGAAAGUAAAUUAAUUUGGGUCUGUGUUUUAUCUGACCAACUUCAUUGGAAGCCUGAGCAGAGCAAAGACCAAUAAUUUUACUUCUUUGUAUUACCUGGGUUGCUUUAGGAUGCUGGCUUCUACAUAGUAGGCAUUAAAUACAUGUUUGUUGGUUGACUGUUUCAGUAAACCAGAGUGUAUUACAACACUCAGGAGUUCUCAACAUCUCGGGUUCUCAGGUUCCUUCAUUAACAUGAUACACAAUAGUUGAAAAUCACUAUGGAAAGAUGUUUUGUGUAUAUUUGCUUCAAGAACAUUGUGCUUUCCUGAAAGGAGUAACCAAGAGUUACAAUGUCCCUUAAAGUUUUAUUUAAUGAACAAAUAUGCUUUUGGUCAUAAAUUUGAAAGUUUAGAUCUGUCAUUUAAAAAUCAUGCAUAUUAUUACUCCUUUGGAAAAUAGAUUUUUAAUAGUUAAGGACAGUGAAAUUUACAAAUAAAAGUCGUGAUCAUUAUCCUCUUCUGGGGACACAGAUCUAGUGCUCUUAACCUGUUUCCAUUGUAAUAUUAACUAAAUAAACAAAUGUAUUAUGUUGUUGCAAGUUGUCUGACUUUGCAAUUUGAAUCUUCUGUUUCAACAGAUUAUAUCAAGACACACACAUAUUGGCUUAGUUGUUCUUUGAGCAAGAUUUCUGAUUACCUUUGGAAUUUUUACCAAGAUUGGUGUUAUAAUUUUACCUAUUUUUUGAAGUCUGUUAGUUCUGAGAAAGAAAAAACCUGAGUCAGUAUGAAUAGGAAACUGUACUUCUUCCUCUGUGGUUUGCUGUGGUUACCAGACGAACUAGAUGAUAUCACAAUCUCUCACAGAUUAAACUACUGGCUGCCCUCA